AUGGGAGAUCCUUCGGUGCCCAGGGUGGAGUGUAUCUCUCAGCGAAGAAAUUCUAUUCGCCAUAGCAAGAAGCAUUCUUAUACUGCAUCUGUUUUAUCCUCCUGUCGUCAGCUACGGGAGUUCGCCGAUGGGGGCAAGGGAGUGGUUCUGGAUGGACACUCCUUGGACCUCAGCUCUGUCUUCGCCGUUGCUCACAACGGAAUCCUUGCGUCGAUAAAAGAUGAUAAACAUGUGCUGGAUAGAAUGCACCACAGCGUAGAUCUGCUAAGUCAAAAACUGGCAAACGGCGAAGUCAUAUAUGGUGUUAGCACAGGAUUCGGGGGGAGCGCGGAUACCAGAACCCAUGACUAUGCGACACUACAGAAGGCAUUGAUUCAGCAUCACAAUGCAGCGGUACUACUCCCGAGCGAUCGCGGUUUUGGAAGUUCAGUCCCUAGCUUGCAGCACUUGAAGAGCCAUUGCAUGCCAGUUCCGCUAGUUCGGGCAGCUAUGCUGACGCGUUGUAAUUCACUCUUACGAGGCCAUUCAGCUGUUCGAGUCAAGGUUGUCGAACAUAUCCUCACUCUACUUGCUCAUGGGCUGACCCCAGUGGUACCACUACGCGGCAGUAUAUCGGCUUCCGGAGACCUGACUCCCCUAGCAUACAUCGCGGGCGCAUUGGAGGGUAAUCCGGAUAUCUCAAUGCACAAGGCUGCUGGUGAUGAGAUAAUGCCUGCUGAUGAAGCAUUACAAGAGGCAGGACUCGUACCGUUGGACUUCGGUCCCAAGGAGGGCCUGGGUCUCUUGAACGGCACUGCUUUCAGCGCCGGCGCAGCUGGUCUCGUCCUCUUCGAAGCGAAUCAGCUUGUUCUACUUUCCCAGGUACUCACAGCCAUGGGCACCGAAGCUUUACUGGGCACCAGAUACAACUACCAUCCAUUCAUAGCCGAUGCCCGGCCCCAUGACGGCCAACGGGAAGCGGCAGCCAAUAUCUUCAAGAUGUUGACCGAUUCUAAGUUAGCAAAGAAUCCCACUGAAGGCAGUGAAACUGCCAAUCAUGGAGGAUUGGCACAGGAUCGGUACGCCCUGCGGACGUCGACCCAAUGGAUUGGACCCCAGAUAGAGAAUAUGGCAUUAUCCUUGAAACAGGUUGUCACCGAACUCAACUCCACAACGGACAACCCGCUCCUGGAUCCAGAGGAGGCCCAGAUCCAUCACGGAGGCAACUUUCAGGCAGCAUCGGUCACAUCUGCCAUGGAAAAGACAAUGGGCGCGAUGCAGAUGUUGGGCAAGAUGAUCUUCUCCCAAUGUUCUGAAAUUAUCAAUCCGACCUUGAGUCGGGGUCUUCCUCCCAACCUCAGUGUCGAUGAUCCCAGUUUAUCAUUUGCGUUCAAGGGGGUGGAUAUCAAUAUGGCGUCGUACAUGUCUGAGCUAGCCUAUCUGAACCAUCCCGUCAGUAACCAUGUUCAAUCAGCGGAGAUGCACAACCAGGGUCUGAAUUCGCUAGCCUUCAUUGCUUGUCGUUAUGCUGCGGAUGCCGUGGAAGUUCUGUCACUAAUGACCGCCACAUACCUGUACGUACUCUGCCAGGCACUUGAUCUGCGGGCGCUUCAUUUGGAAUUUGUGAAAGAUGCGCGGGUCAAGGUCGACGAGAUUACAGCUGAGCUUUACUCAUCGACGUUUGGUGCUCGAUUACCGGCAGUGCAAGACGAACUCUGGGAAGAAUUAAUGAAUCACUGGGCACGAACGAGCACCUGUGAUCUCACAGAACGAUGCGAGCUAACCGCAAGCUACUCUGUUGGAAUCCUCCUGAGAUCCUUGGCAGCAGAGAGUAAUCCGGCAAAUAGUGCGCUGACCGGCUUUGAAUCAGCCCAGCAUUGGCAAACCCGAAUAUGCAAUGUUCUAGGACAAAGCUAUGCAGCAGUACGAGAAACCUUUCUCACGAAACAGAUGACCAAGUCAUACCUCUGCAGUGCGUCACGAAGUUUCUACGUCUUUGUCCGAGAGAAACUUGCCGUGCCAAUGCACCGAGGUAUCGCCGACCACCCGACGUAUAAUUUGACGGGACGUCACAAGAAGGAAUGUAUUGGAACGCAGAUUAGCAAGGUGUACACCGCUCUACGAAAGGGUGAAUUCCAAGAUGCUCUGCUCAGCUGUUGGUGA